UGAAGACGUGCAGAAAUUCCAGUGGCCUGAUGAAAGAUCAGGAGCAGAAUGAAUGCCAAGUCCAGUGCUAAAAUGCAGCACUGGGUACUGGACAUGGGAGGGCCAAGCUGUGGUUCUGUCAUUGAUUCUAUGGAAGACUUCUUGCCAGCCCACCAUCUUCCCAUUUGGAAUGUGGGAAAAGGGAGUACCUUCCAUAUGGCAGCUGGGCCCAACCAACAGGGAGGUGUGUUGCUUCCCUUGGGUUCAGGUAAGGGACACUGAAAACAAAUGUAUCAACUGGUAUGGCCCAGUGAUUAUUAUACUCUACUGGUGUUCCAGAUAGGCAGCAACAAGGUCCCAACAGGAAGGCUGAGGUCAGAAAGCUCAUGUGAAACAUUUGGAUAUGCUAAAAAGAUCCAUUUCUGCUGAAAUACCAUCUUGUUGAUUAUCAUGACUGUGUUAGGAAAGCCUCCCAGAAAUCCUGUAUGUGUGAUGAGAAGUUUUGGGCACAGGUAUUUAAUGAGACACGAGCCUUUUACUCUGCUCCUUGUGUGUUUUUCCAAUCAGUGAGGAUAACCCUUCUCCACACUGUGUGAAUUCCGUUUCCCAUGGAGCUGGAGCCCACAGCUCAUAGAUAGAGGGAGCAUUGUUCCCUAGCAACCAUCUCUACUCUUCAGCCUUCAUCCAGGACCUUGUACAAACCACCAGUCACCACACAGGGAUCAUGGACCAGAAAUGCCAAGCUCAGGACAAUGCAGCAUUAGAAACAGGACAGAAAGGACUCAACGACUGUACUGAAAUGACAAAAAACUACUUGACCUGGGCAUCUCUUUCAGAUUACCAACAGCUGAGUUACAACUUCAACAUUAAUAUCUUCCCAGGUGGUCCACUGAAGAGCCAAAGCUUGAUGAGAGAUUCCUACACCCCUGAUGUAUUUCAGAAGGCAGUCAUAGAUCCCAGGCAUUGGCAUGGAAGGACAAUUAAUGAGCUGGGGAGAUGGUAUGAGAAAUAUUUCCUAGAUCUUAACGUGCAGAAAGCAAUGAAGGAGAAACAUGGGAGGCGUAAAAAAAAAAAAGAUUCCUAGAAGAUGAAGGUUGAAGGUUGGAAUGCAUUCAACAAUGAGUCUUGUCCUUCUACCAUCUAAUAAACCUGCCUGUGAAAUCUGAA